AGGUAAACUGAGUCUAAGAAAUGGGUCGAGUUUGAUCAUGUGACCAAGCGCCAUAUUGGCAUAGUUGCUCUUCAAGCCUUUCCGAUGGUGUGAAAAUCUUUUUCAUCCUUCCAAAAUUACAGACUUUUAGUGUACAUUAUUAACCUCAAGCCAUAGGAGCACCAUCACAUUUUCACCAUGUGGAAAAUUAGAGAGAUCACCGAUAAAGUCACCAAUGUGGUGAUGAAUUAUUCUGAGGUUGAGUCAAAAGUUCGAGAAGCGACAAAUGAUGAUGCAUGGGGUCCUACAGGCUCUCUGAUGCAGGAGAUAGCUCACUUCACUUUCACAUAUGAGCAUUUCCCAGAGGUGAUGGGGAUGCUGUGGAAAAGGAUGCUCACAGACAGUAAGAAAAACUGGAGAAGAACAUAUAAGGCCUUGCUUCUUCUAAACUAUCUUAUACGAAAUGGCUCUGAACGUGUAGUUACAAGUGCUAGAGAACAUAUAUAUGACCUUAGGGGACUGGAACCUUACCAGUUUAUAGAUGAGCAUGGAAAAGAUCAAGGCAUUAAUGUACGGCAAAAAACAAAGGAUCUUUUAGAUUUUAUACAAGAUGACGACAGACUGCGAGAAGAAAGGAAAAAGGCCAAGAAAAACAAAGAUAAAUACACUGGAAUAUCCGGCGAGGCAAUGUCAAUACGUCAUGGUGGUUAUAGUGAUAGGUACGGGGAAGAACCGAACAGAUUUUCAUCAGGACGCAGUCAAAUAGAUGAAUUUGAUGCACAUGACCGCCAGAACAGACAGUCCUUGGCCCAGGAGGCACUGGGGAAAGUGAAGGAGAUAUGGAACAGAUCACGUGGAUAUGAAGACAGUCCUGCAGACAGAGAUAGUGAUAAUGAAAUAGGUUGGGCUGCAGAUGCAUCUGACUUUAAAGAAGAUUCCUUUGGGAAUAGAGACUAUAAUAAAAAUGAAUUUAAAGAUGAUGAUGAAUCAUUUACAAUGGAAAGAACACACACAACACGAACAGAAAGGAUAACAAGUCGGAAAAAUAAUAGACAAGUCAAAAAAAUAGACCUUGGGGCAGCAGCAGGAUUUGGAAGAGUAUCAGAAAGUGACUCAAGGAGCCAUACAUCAGAGACAAGGUCUCCAGAUCUUCUAGAUUCUUCUGGGGGUACUUUUGACCCAUUCACAGAGUUGGAUGCAAGACACAAAGCUCCCUCCCAAGGUUCCCAAACCCCACAAGCCAAUGGUGAUUUUGCUGACUUUAGUCAGUUCCAGUCAGCCAGUUCAGCCGCACUGCCUGCUGCUCCAACCCCAGCAGUUGCUGCAAGCUCAAGUCAAAGUGCAAGUAAUGAGUUUGCAGACUUCUCAAGCUUUUCCUCAGCUAGUACUCAGUCCCCACAGAAGUCUUCAUCUGCACUAGACGACCUUCUAUCCCCUGCCCCUUUACAGCCUAUGCAACCUGCAAGUAUGGGGGCACCCAGUAUGGGACAGCCAUUGAUGGGGCAAACGAGCAUGGCUCAGCCCAUGAUGGGACAACCCAUGAUGGGACAAAGUGGUAUGACUCAGACAAGUAUGACACAGCCCAUGAUGGGACAGACAAGUGGGGCACAGUCCAUGAUGGGCCAACCUUUGAUGGGACAAACGAGUAUGGCACAACCUAUGAUGGGACAAACGAGUAUGGCACAACCUUCGAUGGGACAGCCUAUGAUGGGACAGACAAGUAUGGCACAACCAAUGAUGGGGCAGCCUAUGAUGGGACAGAGUGGUAUCAUGCAGCCUAUGAUGGGACAGAUGGGAAUGAACAACCAAAUGCCAGGGCACAAUAUGGCAGCUCAACCAAUGAGUGGCAUGCAGGGCAUGGGAAUGGGACAAAACAUGGAUUCGCCUGUGGGUCAGACCCCAGCCAGUGUCCAGUCUCUGACCAUGACCUCUAUGCAAGCUACUCCCAGCACCAACACCACAGCGGGGUCCGUCUCCAACCAACCGCCCUCCUCUAAAUCCUCAAUCUGGAGUAACACACCAGUAAAUAUCAACCUUGAUGGUCUGAGUCCAGCCAAUAAAUUCCAGAAAGGACCAACAUCCCCCUCGAUGAAACAAUUACAGCAGCAACAGCAAAUUGCAGCCAUGGGUUAUUAUGAUCCUUACACUGGUAUGAUAAUACUACCAGGAGCUCAGUCCCCCAUGAUGUCUAAUAUGUAUCCCCAAAAUCAGAUGUAUGCAGGGCCAUCUGCAGGCAUGCAAGGGAUGACACAGGGAAUGGGAAAAAUGUCACUGGGACAGCCAUCCACAGGCAUGAUGAACCCAGGAAUGGGUAUGGGCAUGCAGCAGCAGCCAGGCAUGAUGAGUGGCAUUCCAGCAGGCAUGGCCAUGACUACCCCUGUGGCCAACAAUGCAGCACUGCAAAGCAGGGCCAACCAGGCCUUUGGGUCUUUUGGAAAUUUUGGGAAAUGAAGAGCAAAUGUAGAUAACAUAAAAUAUUUGGUCCAAUACUGAAUGAAAAAUUAAUAGAAUAAUCUGUGCUCCUAUGACCCUUUGAUGAAUGAACUGCAAGUGAAGUUAAAGACAAUUUUGACAAAUUUUAAAAAUGCAGUAUAACUUAACAUUUUAAUACCUUUUUUGUGUUGGUACUUUUAUGAUUAAGGGAUAUAUGCAUGGCAUUUCAUGAAUUUUAAUCAAAAGAGUCGAACUGAACCGAUAUUUUGGUUGGGGUAGUUGCAAUACAGAAAGUUCAUUGUAGAGACAGAAAAGAUACAGAUUUUCUUUUGGCAGGAAGUAAAUUUUUCUUGAGAAUUUUAGCUCAAAGUCCGUAUUCAUGAUUACUCCAAGUUGAAUAUGACCAAAAAUAGCUGCCAGCCAAACAUGUAUGCUGUUACACUGCUUGACAAACUUAAUAUAUUAUUUUAAUCUGGGAGCGGAAAGGGAACAGUAAAAUGAAUACAGUGUAAAGUGCCAGAUAUGUAUAUAGAUAAAUCAGGUGCACACAAAUUUGUGAAAAUUGACCAAAAGUAUGAUUGGGUAGUGAUAGUUGAUUGGAUAGUGCUAUUUCUGUUAAUGUUAGGGGAGAGUUCAAAACUGUUGUCCGAGCUCUCAAGUAGGAUGGACAAUGUGCUGUGUGGAUGCUUUAAAAGCAUGAGUUGAAACUAAUUGGUGUACUAGGAAGAGUUAAACUGUAAUAGGGCAAUACCUGUAUCUUUAAAAAAAAAAAAGCAUAACAGAAACAAAUGUAAAUAUUAUUAAAUGAUGUCAAUUUUAUGUGAUUCCAUUUGGAAUUCUUCAAAGAGCAUUUAGGGAAGAAUGGAUUGACAAGUCUUUGCAAAAUAAACUGGACACUUGUUUUUAACAAUUAACAAAGUGUCGGAUCUGAUAUUAAAGAAAAAAGCUUUAGCUUUAUAUUGUACAUACAAAAGAAAUAAAUGGGAAAUUAUGGCAUAUGUAUAAAUAAUCAGGUGCCACAGAGUAUUUAAUAGAUGUACUGACAUGUGAUAUAAUAAAAGAGUAUCGACUUUGAUCAAAUAUA